AUGACUGUAACUCAAGAGUCUCUCCUCUUCUCCGGACCUGUUAACAAGAAGCUUCCUAUGGUCGUCGAUGGUAAGGGAAACUACCUUAUCAUCGAAGAUGCUGAAACCAAGGAACAGAAGAAAAUCUUAGAUGCCUGUGGUGGUGCCGCUGUCUGUGCCUUAGGUCACAAAGAUGACGAUGUUGUUAAGAUUAUCGCUGAAGCUUCUACCAAAUGUCUCUACUCAUUUUCAAUUUCUUUAACUAACUACUAUGCUGAAGAAUUGGCUAAGUUUUACAUUGAGAACUCUCCAGAGGGUGCAUUUGCUGGAGCCUUAUGGACAUGUUCAGGUUCAGAAUCGAACGAAAAUGCCAUGAAGACCAUCAGACAAUACUGGAAGGAAAAGGGUGAACCUGAAAGAACCAUUUUCGUUUCUAGAAAGCAAUCUUACCACGGUUACACUACUGGUUGUAUGGCUCUUAGUGACUCAAACAGAAGUAAGCCAUUCGAUGAAAUUACUUUACCAUCUGACCAAGUUCCAAAAGUUUCACAGGUUUACCCAUACCGUCACUUAAAGGAAGGUGAGACUAUUGAACUGUACACUAAUAGAUUGUUGGAAGAAGUCGAAGAAACCUUCAUUAAGGCUGGCCCUAACAAGGUUGCUUGUUUCUUAGCAGAAACUUUGAGUGGUAGUACUUUUGGAACCUCUCCAUCUCUCCCAGGAUACUUAGCAGGCUUAAGAAAGGUUUGUGACAAAUACGGAGUCUUAUUAUGGUUAGAUGAAGUUAUGUGUGGAACUGGUAGAUGUUCAGCCACUGGUGGGUUAAACUGUUGGGAAUCUUACCCAGAUUUCAAAGGUCCAGAUAUUCAAACAGUUGGAAAGACUUUGGGAUCUGGUGUUGUCACCAUUGCUGGUGUCUUGGUUUCUCCAAAAGUCAAGAAUACCUUUGUCGAAGGUACUAAUAUGAUUUUAGGUGGUCAGACUUAUCACCAACAUGCCUUCAACUGUUAUGUCGCUUUGGAAAUUCAAAAGAAGAUUCAAAAGGAAGGUUUAAGACAAAAUGUAUUCAACAUGGGUGAAUUAUUAGGUAAGACUCUCAAAGAGAAGGGCUUAAACUCGUCCAAGUACAAGACUAUUGGUGAUGUUAGAGGUUUAGGAGGUUUCUGGUCUCUUGAAAUUGUCAAGAACAAGGAAACUAAAGAGCCAUUUGAUCCUUCUUUGAAGGUUGGAUCAAAAAUUAGUGCUAAAGCUUUGGAAAAUGGAUUGGUUUGCAUGGGUCUUGCAGGAACAGUAGAUGCUGUUGUUGGUGACCACGUCACUUUAGCUCCAACUUUCAUUGUUAAUGAAGAGGAUAUCAGCAAGAUCGCUGAACUUAUGCUCCAAUCUAUCCUGGAAGUCGAAGCUGACCUUAUUGCAGCUGGUGAGUUAUAG